AUGCUGUGGACGGCGUGUCCCCACUGGUUGGACUGUAGUUUCUUCCCUCCCUUUUUUUAUAUUACGUUAUGUUUUUUUUUUUCAUUUUCCACUCCCUUUCUUUGCCGUUUGCACUUUGCUCGCUUGCAUUAA